CAAACUCAGUCCCUGACGCGCGUAUCGCUCACCUGGCGAUAUUUUCUUUGCCUAUUUUUUUUUUUUUUUCAUUUAUUGCAUUUUUAGUUUUUCUUUAUUUUUUAAAAUUAAGAAAAAAAAUAUAAUAUUUAUCCAAGCAAAACUGGAGUUGAAGCAGGAGGUGAACGCCCGCUGUAGGCUACAUUUCAAUAUCAGUUUCCAUGUUGGCAAAUUUAAUGUUUUGGGAAAUUGCGCACCGGGUGUGCAGGAUCCGAGUCAUGGCAGAGGAGUGAGGCGCCUUUGCCAAAAUGCCUGUUGACUGGAAUAUAACUUUUUCACGGCGGUCCUAUGGAAUAUAGUCCGAUUUUACACAAUCUACAUGUUGUGCCAUCAUCCCACGUGAAAAACAAACUGUUUAUGUUCUGCAUAAUGCUGACCCUUUGGGUGUAUAUGAUUUAUUGUUGUGUUGGCUACUGCUCCACUGUGCCAAACCUGACGUAUGGCUCGGCGAACAGACACGAGAACGACUCAGAAGUUGACAAUCAGGAGUCCUCUCUCGGGGCGUCCAGGGACUUGCUGAAUAACGAAAACGAUUUGGACAGCAGAGGAGAUGAGUGGGAUGAAAUUAGAGGCGAGGCGAAGGCGUUGGAUGAUAAUGCCAUGUCAGGUUUCCUCAAUGAGUCGGAAAGUAAAAAGUUGCCCCAGGCGAUCAUCAUCGGGGUGAAGAAAGGAGGAACCCGGGCGCUGCUGGAGUUCCUGCGCCUGCAUCCAGACAUCAGAGCGGUGGGAGCGGAGCCGCACUUCUUCGACCGCAACUACGACAAGGGCCUGGAGUGGUACAGGGACUUGAUGCCCAAGUCAUCAGAAGGUCAGCUGACCAUGGAGAAGACCCCCAGCUACUAUGUCACCAAGGAGGUCCCUGCAAGAAUCUACACCAUGUCGAAAGACACGAAGCUGAUUGUAGUCGUCCGGGAUCCUGUCACCCGGGCCAUCUCAGACUACACCCAGACUCGGUCCAAAAAGCCAGACAUCCCCUCAUUCGAGAGCCUCACUUUUAAGAACAUGUCAGCAGGUCUGAUUGACACGACAUGGAGCGCCGUUCAGAUCGGCAUGUAUGCUAAACACCUUGACCGCUGGCUCAAGUAUUUCCCCAAGGAGCAGCUGCUGUUUGUCAGCGGAGAGCGUCUGAUUAGCGACCCUGCAGGUGAGAUGGUUCGAGUCCAGGACUUUCUCGGGAUCAGGAGGGUGGUCACACAGAAGCAUUUCCACUUUAACCCAGCAAAGGGCUUCCCCUGCCUUAAGAGACCUGAGGGGAACAGCAAACCACACUGCCUGGGCAAAACCAAAGGCAGGACCCACCCUAAUAUUGCCCCAGAGGUGGUGCAGAGGCUAAGAGACUUUUAUAAACCUUUUAAUAGCAAGUUUUACCAGAUGACUGGUCAUGACUUUGGCUGGGACUGAGAAGAAAACUAGGAGGAAAGACUCAUGCUGGUCCCUUGUCUGUGUUUUCACUCUGGAGAUAUUGUUAUAGAGUGUAUGUACAGUAUUUGGUGGAUGUGUAAAAAGUUCAAAAGUCUAUUUUAUGAUAAUUUAUUGUUAUGAUAUUAACUCACUAAGCUGCCUAACCAGGUUAAUUCAUGAUCCACAACAUGCGUCAUGUUCCAGGCUUAAUUCUCAUCGAGUUCAUGAACAUUUUUAUAAAAGCACAAUAUUUUUACGGGUAUUAUGAGCGGGGUCAGUAUCCUUUUUUCCCCCCAUCAGGACAUUUUUUGGCCCCAUGUGGAUAACCACUUCUUUAACUUUUCCAAAUGCUGCUUUUGCUUCACCUUAAGCUGAAAGAGACCCAACUUUAAAAAACAACUGGUAAUAUCCCCUUAACAUUUGCCUGACCCUCAUAGGUCUGUGGACCCACUUAGUCAGGUCGAUACAGGCCUCAGCUGAUCCAGUGCCACUUGCCAGGUGGAUCAAUACAGUAAUAGCUCCUCAUCAUGUCAAUUAGACCUGAGUGAUGGCACUGCCUUGAUCUCUCGGGCACCGCAAUAAAACAUGGAUCCAUUAAUGGUAGUAAGUUUAUGGUUGACCCCUGAGCCAACUUCAAAUUAAUAUAAUAAUGUGAAUUUCCACUGCAAUGUUUUGACUUAACCACUAUUUAUAUCGUUUCUACAAAGGAAUGUUGAUUAGGAUCCAAUAGAGUUUCCUGUCACGAUACUUUUGGGAUGUUUUUAUCCAAAAACCUGCUGCACAGGCUUCAUAAUUCGUAUUGCUCUUUCCAAAAAGAAAAUGAUUCAUUUGGCUUAAUCACAUUCAUUGAUCUGUACUGAAAUGGCUCUCAUGGAUCAUCCUGUACAGCUUUUCUUUUCUUUUUUUCUUUUACCACAGGUGAUACUAGAUGAGUUAAUGAUGCUCUUAGCCCUGAUAAUACAGUGACUGAAAUAAGCAUCUAUGUAGUUUACUUUCAGUAAUAGAUGAAGAGAAGAAAAAUAAACUUACCUUGGACCAAAAUUCCCAGACUAGUCACUAGAAUAAAAGUUGCCAUGGUACGUUUCUGCAAACCACAGAGAGGCUGAAUCUUGACGUUGCUGAACUGCUGCAACCCGUUCUCGUUUACUUCUGGUGAUGCACUUGGUCACAGUUUUAAACCAGUAGUUAUGAAUUCAAAUAAAAAGAAACAAAACUACAUGGUUAUGGUUAGGGGGGAAAAAAAAUCGGUGUUUGGGUUAAACUACUGUUAGCCUGGUGUGUGUCAUAGUGAGACUAAAGCAUGGUGAAAAUGUUUCUCUGUGGUUUGCAAAAAUGUAAAAUUAUUUUUUUUUUCUUCUGACAACUGGGCUGAAAAUUCCUCAUUUAAAAUGUAUGUAUGGUUGAGUUUUAUUCAGCCUUUAUAGACAAACAUUUGUCAGCAAUUUAACAGACGUCAUUCCAUAAUGAUGUACUGCAACCCCACUGUUGUUGAGGCACUAUUUUGCUGUAUGCGUUGCUUUACAAACAUGGAAAUGAAGCAGGUUUGACUGAGAAAUUGAUGAAAAGGUGUGAUCAUGUCAUUUUUAUGAAGUAAGAAAUAAAUAUGUUUUACC